CACGGUCCUUAAUUGCUCUAUGGUCCUCACAAAUUCAGGAAUGGCGGAGACGACUCGACCACUCGUCGACACGCCCAACCAGGAAUUAAUCUUAACUCAUGAACACAUGGCUGGUGUAAUGACUUCAAUUGUCAACUUAGCUUUUCCAGCACCUUCUUAGUCAACAGACACAUGCACCUAUUAAUUAAUCAUUUAACGUCAACAAUCGUCAUUGCCUUCAGCAACCCAAGCGCUUUACAAGUAUUUGACAAACCAUCUGGGCAACCAUGAUGCCUAUGCGUCUGAGCCAGUUCAAGCUGUAUGAGUGCCUACUGCUGUUUACUGUAGUCAUUGGCUUGAUACAAAUUACGUUCAUACUAGAGCCAGAAUGCACAAAGGCAUUCGACAUUCGGCAAUAUGAAAGCUCACACGAUCAAACAGAUCAUCCCGCCCCCACACAUGAGAACAUUCAGUUAAAACAAAAUCCUGGAGAUAUAAAUCUUAUUUCGGCGAAAAAUGUACAACCGAUAGAAACACUAAAGUCUAAGUCAAGUGACUCAGGAAUAAAACGCAUGACCAACCAAAUGGCAAACAGUAGCGACAUUAGCAAGGACAGUAAUGUAGUCAAAAAGCCCUCUCCAACAAAAAGGAAACGUAGCUUGAAGAAACCACUCCAAAACAAAAAUGAUACUGCCUUCCAAAGCAGAGUUUUAAAGCCGGCAAAGUGCCAGAACAGAACUAUACUCGUCUACGGUGGAAUUAAAGUGAUUCGGCAAUGGAGAGAACUUAACCAGCUUGUUAGCGCCCUCAAACCUCUAGACGAUGGUGAUUGGUCAACGGUAGCAUCAUGUGACUCCUGCACUGUCCAAUUAAUUCUCAGUAACAGACCAGGUAGUAUUAAAGGUAAAGACGCAGUGGUGUUCGGUAUGUCGCCGUUUUCGCUGAAGGUCAAAAUGUCGCUGUUUCGAACCUUUGCGUUUGAUCCUCGCCAGCUAUUAGUUUUCUACGGCGCUGAGACACCCCUGCGCAUGCGUAAGUGGAUACCUGACGUAGGUUUAACUCCAAACCACGUGGUGUGGUCUUAUUCGAAAACAGCCGAUAUCCACAUACCGUAUGGUGUCUAUAAAACUGGUACCCCGCUGGACUCUAAGCACAAAAAAGCAUCUGAUAGGAUCCAUGGUAAGCAGAAGCUGAUUGCGUGGAUGGGUAGUAACUGCGUCAAGGAGGUGUUUUGGCCUCGCAUGGAUUUCGUUUUGAAGUUACAGUCUUAUAUACAGGUAGACAUUUACGGGAGAUGUGGUAACCUGACGUGUCUUCCGAGACUCUCCGACGAGUGCAAGAAUCUCAUGGGGCAAUACAAGUUUUACCUCUCGCUCGAAAAUGCCGAAUGUGACGACUACGUCACUGAGAAGUUUUGGGAGACUGCCUUGAUGCACGGAGCGGUACCGGUAGUCUACGGGGCACCGAAAGAGUUCUACACGCAAAACGCACCUCCAAAUUCCUUCAUCUAUGCAGGUGAUUUCAAGACACCCAAAGAACUAGCGACCUUUCUGACUCGCCUGGACAGAAACCCCCAACAGUACGCUAUGUAUUUUAAGUGGCGCUACCGAGGCACCGUAGUUCAGAAUUACCCAGAUUUGAAACUCUCUCAUUUUUGUGGCCUUGUACCAAGUAUAGAUAAAGCAUCUAAGAUGCAGAUGAAAAAAAGACCGUUGUCGGAUACACCUUGGUUUAACUCUUGUCGUAACAUGAGGAAAGGUGGUGGUGCUUUCUUACCUACUGAUGUUAAUGUCACUAGCUGGGUUCCAUGGUAAAGAGUUUUUUUUUUUUAAUAGACAUUGUGUUAAACUGUGGCGGGAAAUUAAUGGGAGCAGGAUUAUACUCAUUCCCAAGUUAAGCUAUCGUUAACAAACAAAAAAUAAAUAAUUAGUAUCCCCUAAUUAAUUAUUGUUUUGUUUGUUUAUCUGGACUUUUGAGGUUCAAAGUUAAGGAAAGUGUACAUUGUGUUCCGUUCAAUUGUCUUGAAGGCAGUGGUAAUUACUCAAAAUAAUUAUAAGCAUAACAACUUUCUUGGUAACGAGU